CUCGCUCGCUCGCUCUCUCUCAGACAGUUUGGGGCAGUUUCAAAUGCUUUUGAUUCAGAGGCUCAUUUUAGUAUUUCUCUCGUCGUGGUGUUGAUUGUACACGUUUCAAGACAUCGUCUCGCUUGAGUAAAAUAUUUAAAGAAGAAAAAAAAGUUCUAAAUCUAAUAAAACAAGUGUCGCGUUGUGAUCAGCUCUAGUGAUAUUAGACUUUAAAUCAAUUACUGACGCGAUCAUCACGCGAUCGAGCGACAUUGUGUAGAAGAAGAUAUUCUAAGCGAUUCCUUCACUUAGGUUUGUGAAGGCAAAAAGAAAGUUUUUCUCUUUUUUGUCUCUCACAAGUGUAUUAAUUUUUUUUUCUUGCUCGAUGUGAUUUGCAAACUUCUAGUGUGAAUUUUUUCUUCAUCGGCUAUUUUUAAAAAUCGCAAAAUAAAAAAAAACUAACAAUAAACAACGUUGAUACAACGAAAAGGAAAGAAAGAAACAAAACUUGAAAUGUUUGUGCGACUGUAAGUCCAAAUAAAAAUAAAACGACAACAAAAAAAUAAUUCAAUUUUUGUAGUGGUCUCAACAAACAGAAAACUAAUUUUAUUUUAUUAAAACUAAAUACAAAAAUUAUAAAAAUAAAUUUAAAAGACGCAUUCAAAGUGGAAGAAAAAUUGUAUGCGCUUUAAAAAGUGUUAUCAGUUAUCAGUUUAUUGUUCUGAGUGUGUUGAGCCGUCGCCGUUUCUUGCUUAAAAGCAAAGUUGUUUGCUUUUUUUUUGCUUUCCAUUUGGUUGAAGGCGCUUGUAAUGUGCUUUAUUAGUGAAGUGUGUACGAUAACGAUAAGUGAAUCGAAUGAGGCAAAAAUCAAAUAAAUAAAUGAUCUUGAGUUAAUUAUCGUAAAAGAAAGAAAAAUAAAUGAAAUUGGCCUUAAAAUCAGUUUACAUGACCAACAGCAAGAAGCAAGAACUGCAUUGAUUGAACUGAUCAACGACUCAACAGAUUAAAAAACAUAAAAGAAAAUCGGAAGGUCGGAGUCACAGCAAACAAACAAAAAAAAAUAAAAACGAGAUAAAAACAAUUUCGCUACACUCAAAAACCUCAUGCAGUUUUUUGACACAUUCUGGCCGCAUCGUGUUCGGCCCCGUGAUUUAACUAAGGGGCCAUGUUAUCGCUACAAGCAUUUUCCUUAAUCUUACUAGCAUUCAUUUUUACCAUCAACCUGCCGACAUCGGUUGAUGGCAGCUACAAACAAACCAAGCUGACUGUCGGCUACCUUACCGCCAUCAAAGGUGACCUCAAAGAUCGUCAAGGUCUUGCUAUAUCGGGUGCAAUAACAAUGGCUUUAGAAGAAAUCAAUAAUGAUCCAAAUAUUUUGCCAAAUGUCACUCUCGUCCUUCGAUGGAAUGAUACACGCGGUGACACUGUCAUCUCAACACGUGCCAUAACCGAAAUGAUUUGUGAUGGUGUCGCAACAAUUUUCGGACCGGAAGGAAGUUGCCAUGUCGAAGCAAUUGUUACGCAGAGUCGGAACAUUCCAAUGAUUGCUUAUAAAUGUUCCGAUUAUAAGGCAUCGGAAAUUCCUACGUUCGCUCGGACUGAACCACCCGACACUCAGGUGAUCAAGUCAGUUAUGUCGCUUUUAAACUACUAUGGAUGGAAUAAAUUCUCGAUCAUUUACGAGGAAACUUGGGGGAAGGUUGCCGAAGCAUUAAGUCUUCAAGCGAAGACAUGGAACAAGACAAUCAAUCAUAAAAAGCAGGUGGUCGUUCGACAUAAAUGCUGCGAGAAUAAUAUGGACUGUUGUAGGCCAGGCUAUUGGUACAAUAUCAUUCAAACGACGAUGAAUAAGACGAGAAUUUAUAUAUUCCUGGGGACAUCAGAGACUCUUGUUGAGAUGAUGGCAUCAAUGGAGACAAUUCAGUUGUUCGACAAAGGCGAAUACAUGGUGAUAUUUGUCGAUAUGAUGAGUUAUUCGCCCGAGGAAGCAAAAAAAUAUUUAUAUCGCGUGGAUCAGUUGAACAAGUAUAAAUCGUGCACGGAGAUAGAAGGUUUUACAAAGCGAGCUCGUAGUCUUCUCGUCGUCGCUUCAACACCACCAACAACAAAAUAUGAAGAGUUUACGGACAAAGUUCGCACAUACAACACAAAGCCACCUUUCGAAUUCGUUACGCCGUUCUUUCCUAAUAAACAGUUCGUGAAGUUUGUGUCGAUUUAUGCUGCAUAUUUGUAUGAUUCGGUGAAGUUAUAUGCGCUGGCGUUGCAUCAAUUACUAACAAAAGAAGAACGACCAUUAACGGAAGAUGUGAUAAGAGAAGUUGCAAGCAAUGGAACAGCGAUCAUCGAUGCUAUUAUUCAAAAUCGGACAUAUAGAAGCAUCACCGGUGCUAACAUUCGAAUUGAUCAGAAUGGCGAUUCUGAAGGAAACUUUUCAGUGUUGGCUUUGAAGGAAUCUUAUUUUUCGACAAAAGAUUCAAACUUCACAUGUGAUCGGCAUAUGAUUGCUGUCGCUACAUUUCAGCAAGGCAACAGUGACAACUAUGCAUUUCCAGAAUACAAAUUCAACAAUAUCAUGCGUAUUGAUUGGCCGAGUGGAUCGAUUCCAUAUGAUGAACCACAAUGUGGCUUCGAGAAUGAAUUAUGCACGAAAGAUGACGGCCAUGUGUUGUCAAUGAUUAUUGCCGGCGUUUUGGGUUUGGUUCUCUUUUGUUCGAUUGUGAUUACAAUAAGUAUUUACCGCAAGUGGAAAAUUGAACUUGAAAUUGAAGGUCUUCUGUGGAAGAUUGAGCCACAUGAGAUCAAAGGAUUUUUUAACAAUGACAUCGUUUCGUCACCAAGUAAACUCAGUCUUGUCAGUGCUGCAAGUUAUGGAUCACGUUGUUCAAAUCAAGUGUGGACAACAACUGGUCGAUUUCGUGGCGUUAUUGUUCGAAUAAAAGAAUUGAAAUUCACCAGAAAGAAAGAUAUGUCACGUGAACUGAUGAAAGAGUUUCGGACGCUUCGAGAUUUAAGACAUGAUAAUAUUAAUAGUUUCAUAGGAGCCUGUGUGGAGCCCAUGAGAAUUUUACUAGUCACGGAUUAUUGUGCCAAGGGUUCUCUGUACGAUAUUAUUGAGAAUGAAGACAUUAAGUUAGAUAAUCUUUUUAUUGCUUCUUUAAUCAAUGAUCUGAUCAAAGGCAUGAUUUACAUACAUGCAUCAGCAUUAGUAUUCCACGGAAAUCUCAAGUCAUCAAAUUGCGUCAUCACGUCACGUUGGAUGCUUCAAAUAACAGAUUUUGGACUACAUGACCUACGACAUUGCUCUGAGAAUGGUGGAUCCGUUGGUGAACAUCAAUAUUACAGAAGUUUGUUUUGGAAGUCCCCAGAACUGCUGCGCAAUCCAAACAUUUAUGGAUCACAAAAGGGCGAUGUCUACGCUUUUGCUAUAAUUCUCUAUGAGAUUUGUGGUCGUAAAGGACCUUUCGGAAGCACCGAAUAUGAACCAAAGCAAAUUAUUGAUCUAGUUCGAGAGAUUCCGACUGAAGACAAGCCUCCCUUUCGUCCCGACAUUGAAUGUUUACUUGAUCUUGACAAUGUCGCUGACUACGUCAUCAGUUGCAUUCAGGACUGCUGGCAUGAGAAUCCUGACAUGCGACCAGAUUUUCCCUCUAUUCGAACUCGUCUUAAAAAGAUGCGUGGCGGAAAGUCGAAGAAUAUCAUGGAUCAAAUUAUGGAAAUGAUGGAGAAGUACACAAAUAAUCUUGAGGAUAUUGUUAACGAAAGGACGAGAUUGUUGUAUGAAGAGAAACGGAAAACUGAAGAUCUUCUCAAUCGGAUGCUGCCACAAUCUGUGGCAGAAAAGCUUACAAUGGGACAUGGCAUUGAGCCUGUUUCUUAUGAUUCUGUCACAAUAUACUUUAGUGAUAUUGUUGGAUUCACUGAGCUUUCAGCUAACAGCACACCAUUACAAGUUGUUAAUUUCUUAAAUGAUUUGUACACAGUCUUCGAUAGAAUCAUCAAAGGUUACGAUGUGUACAAAGUUGAAACGAUUGGUGAUGCUUACAUGGUUGUUUCAGGUUUACCGAUUAAGAACGAUUAUCGCCAUGUUGGUGAAAUUGCAUCAAUGUCUUUAGAGCUUUUGCAAGCUGUCAAAACCCAUCGAAUAUCCCAUCGACCAAAUGAGACGCUAAAACUGAGAAUCGGCAUACACACAGGUCCUGUUGUUGCUGGUGUUGUUGGUCUGACAAUGCCACGUUAUUGUCUUUUUGGUGAUACGGUCAAUACUGCGUCGCGAAUGGAAUCAUGUGGAGAACCAUUAAAAAUUCAUAUUUCACCUCAGUGCAAAGAAAAAUUAGAUAAACUUGGCGGCUACAUCACUGAAGAACGUGGUGCUGUGUCGAUGAAGGGAAAAGGCGAGAUUAUCACUUAUUGGCUGAUAGGCACAACGGAUGGCGCAAUUGAGAAACGUAAUGUUGAUCUACGAGACCUUCCACCGCCACUUUUCUGCCGCCCAAGAAAAAGUCCUAAAUUUGUUAGCGACUCUAAACAACCUUCAAUCUCAUGCAUCACAAAUUUCGGCGCAUCUGAUAAUCGAAGUAUUUUAUGUGAAAGUCGAAGACAAUCAAAUGCCGCCCAAAGAAUUGACGGAGAUGGAACGAUAAGUCUACAUGGAUCACUAACAAGUCAUUUUCGAGAUUCAUCACCAUUCAUUACAAAACAUCGUAAAUUAGAUCACACUCCGUUAUAUAUUAAUAAUAAUGAAGAAAUGGAAACGAUGGGCGAGGUGUUUGAAGAUCUGCGUAAAGAGUGUGUCAAUGGAGGUUCCGAUGAUUUGAAAAAGCAAGUAGCGAAGGUUGGACCCAUUGUUCGACCUGCUAAUAUUCUCAACUCUAUCAAUUCAUCAGCAGAUGAAAUCAAAACCUUGCGAUCUUAUGAAUUAAAUGACGAUUAUUCAAAGUUUAAAAGCUAUUCACUUGAUCCAUUUCCCGAUUGUCAAAUGAAAAAGCGCAUCACCGACAACUAUAGAAAGCGAAACGACGAAGCAACAGAACCAGUCAAAUCUAUUGAUUGCAAUGGUGGCAUAUGCACACAAAGCCAAAGAUCUGAUCACAUACCACUUCUUGUAAACACGAAUCGUAAACGUUGGCACUCGCUUGAGAUGGUGCGUGCUGACACCGAUCAUGAAAUCAGUGGCUGUGAGGAUUUAAUUGAUAACAGUAAAAAGUCAUUAGGUCGUAACAUUAUCAAGUCGUGGCUGGUUGGAAUCUUUCAAAGUAGUAACGGACUGAAGAGUUCGGCAAGGAACGGAAGUGGAAUUUUACUGCAACAACAACCACCGACAGUCGCGACAAAACCAGAAAAAGAAACGAGUAUUGUGUGAGAAUGUUGAAUGAUAGUUUUUUUUAAUAAAAAUGAAGAAGAAAAAUGCGACGUUUUGUCGUUGAGAAUAAAAAAAAUGUUUACAAAUCUUAAAUUUAUGAACCACCAAAAAUUUUUUGUUUUUUAUUCUUGCCACUUUCAGUUUUGACUUUAAGCCUGCAAAAUGAAACUCUUUGAUUAUUUAACUUUAUCUCUUCACUAAAUUUAGAUUUAUUUCAUUUUAAUAAAAGCAAUUUGUGUUGACAAUAUUAUAUUUUUUGUUGACUGGUUUCAUUAGCAUCGCAAUCCUGUACCGAUUGCCAUGAAGGUUCCGAAUGUUCCACCACCUUGAAGCAUAACUUUUCCUACGUUGUUUACAAGUUCCCGUCCUCGAAGUCCAUAUCUUAGUGCUGAAAAUCCUCCAAAAAGAGCUCCACUUGCCAUUCCUACACAAAAUCCUAUAGUAAAACCAUAUUUCAUUUUAUCGAAACAUGACGGCUGAUUGCCUUGCUGAUACAUGUUGCCUGGAACUGCUGGCAUAGCUAGUGAUUAGUUUUAUCAAUCAGCAAAAAAUCUAAUUUAUUUGAACUAUAAUUUGUAAGAUGUUUGACACUUUAUUUGUUAUUU